UUUGGUGGAGAUUAAAUAGUCCCCCUCCCCCAGUUUGCAUCACCUUUCUGCCCUGCCAACAUGGACACCUGAGUGAUGGCAGCCAGCGCCCUGAGCUGAAAUUUAUUCUGACCGUCUAAUGAAGAAGGCUGGAUUCUCUUUAGAGGACUGGCGCAGAUUUUUUUAAAAGCUUCUCCCCUCCCCCACUCAUCCAGGCCGUCUGAACAGGCCAUUUAUAAAUUGCUGCUUAACGCAACCUCUGCUUUUUCUACUGUCUCCACCCCGUCUCCCUCGAACAUGAGCUCACCCCAGACAAGCGGGUUCGGGAGACCAGUUAUUGGUUCACUUCGCUUCUCUGGCUACUGACCCCGCCUCUACUUGUUCUCUCAAAACUGGUUAGCUGUCGAAGCGUCAUUAUGGAGCCGACUUCUCUGUGGAACGUUUUCGUGCCGAACUGAAAGGAAAUCUCAACAUAGUGAUUUUUCGGUUGUAUAAUAUAUGAGAUAAACAAUCAUGUUGGACAUGUAAUGUGCUGGGUGAGGCCAAACUGGACCCAUAUGUCAGUGCUUUAGGAUGGCCAGUGACAGCUCAAGCAUUACCAGUCCUGUGGUACGCCAAAUUGACAAACAGUUUCUGAUCUGCAGCAUCUGCCUGGAUCGUUACAAAAUUCCUAAAGUUCUUCCUUGUCUGCACACUUUUUGUGAGAGGUGUCUGCAGAACUACAUUCCUGCCUAUAGUUUAACACUUUCUUGCCCAAUCUGCCGCCAGACUUCUAUUUUGCCUGAAAAGGGAGUUUCUGCAUUACAGAAUAAUUUUUUCAUUACAAACCUAAUGGAUGUUCUUCAGCGGACUCCUGACAACAAUCGUGAGGACUCCUCCAUUCUGGAGACUGUCACAGCGGGAGCAGCAGGGAAACCCCUUUCCUGCCCAAAUCAUGAUGGAAAUGUGAUGGAGUUUUACUGCCAGUCUUGUGAGACAGCCAUGUGUCAUGAAUGCACAGAAGGAGAACAUGCUGAGCACCCAACUGUUCUUCUCAAGGAUGUGGUAGAGCAGCACAAAGCUUCUCUGCAGACGCAACUAGAGGCUGCAAAACAGAGGAUGCCUGAAUUGGACUCUUCUCUAGGUUUCCUGUCUGAAAUCUUGCAAGACUUAACAAAUGAGAAAGUAAGCAUUGAAGAAGAGAUUCAUACUACAUUCAGCGACCUCCAAAAGACCUUAAAUGUACGAAAGAGUGUUCUGCUUAUGGAACUGGAAGUCACAUAUGGUGUUAAACACAAAGUUCUGCAAGCACAACUGGAUGCACUAAUGCAGGGUCAGGAAAGCAUCAGGAGUAGUUGCAACUUCACUGAACAAGCCCUAAACCAUGGGACAGAAACUGAAGUUUUGUUAGUUAAGAAGCAAAUGGGUGAUAGGUUGAAUGAACUAGCUCUUCAGGAGUUCCCUUUACAACCUCAAGAAAAUGAUCAACUGGAAUUUGUGGUGGAAACUGAAGGGCUUAAAAAAUCCAUACACAAUUUAGGUACCAUAAUAACGACAAAUGCAGUGGCCUAUGAGACUGUUGCAACAGGUGAGGGUCUGAGACAGUGUGUGAUUGGCCAUCCUACAUCUGUUACUAUAACAACGAAGGACAAGGAUGGAGAACUUGUUAAAACUGGAAAUGCAUGUCUUAGUGCUGAAAUUGCAUCUCCCGAUGGUAGUGUAGUCGAUGGGGAGAUUCUGGACAAUAAAAAUGGAACUUAUGACUUCCUUUAUACUAUUCAGAAAGAACAGAAGGAGGGUGACUUUACACUCACUCUCAGACUUUAUGAUCAGCACAUUAAAGGGAGUCCAUUUAAGUUACGGGUUGUCAAACCUACUGACCUUUCUCCAACAUCUGAUGGUGUCAAAAGACGUGUGAAAUCCCCUGGCAGUGGGCAUGUGAAACAGAAGGCUGUAAAACGACCAGCAAGUAUGUAUAGCACUGGAAAAAGAAAAGAAAAUCCGAUUGAAGAUGAUUUGAUCUUCAGAGUUGGCACAAAAGGAAGAAAUAAAGGGGAAUUUACCAAUUUGCAGGGAGUGGCAACGUCCACCAAUGGAAAGGUCAUGAUUGCAGACAGUAAUAAUCAAUGUGUGCAGAUUUUCUCAAAUGAUGGACAGUUUAAAAACCGGUUUGGUGUGCGUGGACGAUCUCCUGGUCAGCUGCAACGUCCAACAGGUGUAGCUGUGCAUCCAAGUGGUGAUAUCAUCAUUGCUGAUUAUGAUAACAAGUGGGUGAGCAUUUUCUCAUCUGAUGGGAAAUUCAAGACCAAACUAGGCUCUGGGAAGCUUUUGGGACCGAAAGGUGUAGCAGUGGAUCGCAAUGGCCAUAUAAUUGUGGUGGACAACAAGGCUUGCUGUGUCUUCAUUUUCCAGCCUAAUGGGAAGCUGGUGACAAAAUUUGGUAAUCGAGGAAAUGGUGACAAGCAGUUUGCAGGUACACUUGAUGGUCCUCAUUUUGCAGCAGUCAACAACAAUAAUGAAGUCAUUGUUACUGAUUUUCAUAACCAUUCUGUUAAGGUGUUCAACACAGAUGGUGAGUUUGUGUUAAAAUUUGGAUCUAAUGGAGAAGGAAAUGGUCAGUUUAAUGCUCCGACUGGAGUGGCAGUGGAUUCCAAUGGAAAUAUUAUAGUUGCUGACUGGGGAAACAGUCGUAUACAGGUGUUUGAUGGAAAUGGAUCAUUCCUCUCUUACAUUAAUACUUCUGCUGAUCCUUUGUAUGGCCCUCAAGGUCUAGCAUUGACUUCUGAUGGUCAUGUGGUGGUUGCUGACUCUGGAAAUCAUUGCUUUAAGGUUUAUCGCUAUUUGCAAUAGCACCUGAUCUUUGGAUCUACAAAUCUUAAUGGUAGAGUUGGAUAUGGAUAACCUGCAUUAGAAAAUUAGUGCAAUUUCCCUUUAGUUUGGGAGUUGCCUGUUUGGAGAUUUGUUUUUGUUUGGCGCAUUUUCCCCCUGCUAGUUUAAGUAUCCUGUACACAUGGAAGGAAAUGUGCAAUUUUGUACCCAAGGCUUCUCUGUAUCCUUCAUAAUGUUUUAUGUUCUGGAUUUGCAGGAGUCAAAUAAUGCUGUCAUAAAUCUAAUAAGCAGAUUGCACACAUGAAUUUGCAGAUACAAAUAAUAGGAUUAUGUAGCUGGCUGACAAUGAAUUUAGAAUGAAACAUACUAAAGUAUUAUUGAAGAAAAAUUUCAUUCUGUACUGAAAGCUUUCAUUUCAAAAGUCCAGAUUUUGAAUAAAUGGCUGCAAAUGAACUGUCAUUCAGAUCUUUCUGCCUUGUCCUCGUAGCUAUAUUUCUCAAUCUCUACAUGUAUACUCUACCAUGGCCUUGUAAUUAAAACUUCAUUUUUGUAUGGAGGGUAUAUAGCUGUCAUGCAUUUAGAGCGUUGUCUUUUAGCUGCAUUGUAUUGAUGCAAGCCAUUCACAAAAUAUUCAGAGUAGCUAUGAUAAGAUCAAUUCCAAACUUCAGUAUCGCUGAUGUGCAGUUCUAAUGCAAAUUCAUGAGGAAAUCAACAUUACAUUUUAAGUUCUUGACAUAUUUCAGAAUAAUAGCAUCAAAUAACUGGUAACUAGUUGUUUUAUUAAGGUUCUCUGUUUUAACCAAAAUCCAUGGUGUAUGCCAUAUGCCUCGUUAUUAGCUGUGCAGUCUGUCAUUUCUGAUGCAAGAAAAAUGUUUGAAGAAAUUGAAUGAUUUUCUGUACCCUAAAGUAAAUCCAGCAGAAGUAUAAAUCUGCUGAGCAAUUGGAAACAAAAUGAAAAUGCACUAACAUUUUAUUGCUCUGCCAUUAAUCAGAUAUAAGUUUCUUGAAAGAUUUGUCAGUUUAUUUUGGCCUAAUCAGGUGUCUGGUUUGCAUCUGUUUAUCCUAAUUCUAAUACGUGCUAAGAUUGCAUAAUUGGAGGAAACUUAGUCUUCUGAAGUGCAUUAAAAUUAAAAUAUGAAAGCUGAUUUACAUAAUUCACUUAACUGUAUGUUUUUUUACAAUUAUUUGUUAUGGACAGUUCUGUUCAUGCAAGGUUGUGGACUGUGGAAAGAGAAAUGGUGUAAAUUGUUUGUUAGUAAUCUAUGUGGAUUAAAAAUACUUUAUUUGGACCAAUAAGCAAUUCAUCUCUCCUGAGAGGGUUUAAACAGCAAGUUGCUGCACUGGACUGUAAAUUUUAAUGUUAUUUUGUCUGUAAAAAUGCUUAACAAAACUAUUUAUAUUUUAUCUCUAAUGUAUUAACAAAUGCCUCUGUUGCCAAAUGUUUUGGAAACCAAGUGCCCAUAGAAAUUGUUUGGGGGAAAAAUAUGCUCAAAACAGUAAAUAAAAUGUGAUGCUGAAAGUGUUGAAUAAUUGAAGUGUGAAUACAUUGUGUGUGAAUGUAAGCCUUUCUUUGCUCCCUUUUGUUGUGCUUCAAUCAUUUUAUAUUGUGGUUCAAAGAACGAGUAAGUGACUCUUUCACUACCACCCCCAACCACAACCACCACCCAAGACCACCUCAACACCAGAAUUGGCAUUCUAUGUAACAGCAUAGCCUUAACAGGUGUAAUCUUUUUCUAUAAGAAAACCUUAAAAAAAUAAUUUGAUUUUUACCAUGUUUAAUGGGGACAAUUGACACAUUAUUUGAAUGUUACAAGCAUUCCAUCACUGUGAUUCAGUUGAAAACUAAUUGUUUUAUGUACAGCUUAUGAGGAAAAAUAAAAAAAGUCAUACAUUCUGUCUA